AUGCGGAAACGAGAACAAGUAGACGUCGAUCUCGUAGCCCAAUACGCCGUAGUUCCCGAGGCAGAACAAGUCGCUGUAUGGAUGAAUAUCAAACUCCCAACACCUCGAAAAGUCCGAUUCUGCCGUGUGGGCAGCACGACGUCGUGCCACGCGAACAGCGCGAUGGACGCUCGUGCAGUCGCCGCGACGGUGUGCUGCGCAGACAGCGCGAUGGGCGCUCACGCAGCCGCCGCGAUGAUGUGCUGCGCGGACAGCGCGAUGGGCGCUCACGCAGCCGCCGCGAUGAUGUGCUGCGCGGACAGCGCGAUGGACGCUCGUGCAGCCGCCGCGACGAUGUGCUGCGCAGACAGCGCGAUGGGCGCUCACGCAGCCGCCGCGAUGAUGUGCUGCGCGGACAACGCGAUGGACGCUCGUGCAGCCGCCGCGACGAUGUGCUGCGCGGACAGCGCGACGGGCGCUCACGCAGCCGCCGCGACGAUGUGCCGCGCGGACAACGCGAUGGACGCUCGUGCAGCCGCCGCGACGAUGUGCUGCGCGGACAGCGCGACGGGCGCUCACGCAGCCGCCGCGACGAUGUGCCACGCGAACAGCGCGAUGGACGCUCGUGCAGCCGCCGCGACGAUGUGCUGCGUGGACAGCGCGAUAGGCGCGAGCAAUCACGCGUUCAACAUAGUCUGCGCACUUUCCAGCAGCAGCAGUCGCAGCUACGACCUGCGUAACCAGCAUAUCUCCAAAAGCGAAGCCAUGAAGAAUCUGGGUGAGUCUUCCAAUUCAUCUCUUAAUGUUGAUCAAAUUACUCAAAUUGCGCAUGUUCUAAAGUCUAUGAACCGGUGUCCCCCCGUCGCGGGCUGCGCCCGCGACGUGACGACAACCACGACAGAGGAGGCCGUCCGACUUUGCUCCGCCCCCCCGCCGCCGCGCCGCUACCUCGGCUCACACGUCCGCUCCCGCGCAACGCAAACCGAAUCGACGAAAUUUCUACGCGAUCUCCAACGGAAAAUAGAACAGCUGGAGAGGGAGAUCAUCUACCUGAGAGCGAGCCAACUUCGAGGCUCUCCAUACUCUCGGGACUACUUCACUUCCGACGCGACAGUCUGCUACUACCACAAAAAAAUCGGAGCAGAGGCGCGCAAAUGCCACCCUCCAUGCGCAUGGGAGCUUGAAGAGGGAGCAGAGGGACGCCGCCCGCACCACAGACGGAGGAGUAUGUCGACGUAA